ACUUCAGUCGCUUUCUUAUUUUUCUUGCGUUCGCACAUAGCAAGCGGGAGCUGCCGUUCGUUGUUCACGUUCGCGUAAUUUAUUUCCAUUCCGACGCAGCGACGGGAUUUCGCGCGCGCUCGUGUACCCUGUGAGUAGCAGUUGCAUGUAAAACAUUGGUGCAGUUUCUGGCAAGCGGCAAUAAAAAAAAGAGAAAACUUACCAGCCUGAGUGCGUUCCAGUGCGGUUGUUUUGUGGGGUGCAUUGUGAAUAGGUGUGAAUAGUGCUAGAUCGGCAAACAACGCCAACUAAAAGGAAGCUGCCGUAAGGUGCGUGGGAAUUCCUUCUUAGCAGUGUCAUCUUGGUGCUUUGGACUACUCAUCGAUUUGUUUAGUUUUCGUUGGUGCCUCCUAAGUAUAUCGCAAGCAUUCGCCAGACAUCAAACGCGCCUUACUCUAUGACUCACACCCACAUUGGGGUGGGGGGAAAAUCGUGAAAAACGCUUCUCACCUUGCUGGGAGGCUGCGUUGGGGACGGAACGAGUGAAACGUGUGUAGCAUAAGAGGAAUUCAGUCCGCAAGUCGGCAGACGAGUAAGUCGAUCACGCACCACGACAUACAAAAGGGAAAAUAUUAUCGGUAAAAAGAAGAAGGCCCGCAGAAGAAAAUGUGUGUGGCUUAUGAUGAUGAUCUACGAUAGAGUGACGCGUUUGUGUGUGUUUAGUGUUGUCCGUAUUGUCGCGAUUCGUCCGGUUUUUCCCGUCGAUCUGUGUCACGUGAGUAGAAUGUGAAGUGAAAAGCCUCGUUUGUGGGCAUUGCAAGAAGAAAAUACAGCAAGAAAAGUGAAGAUCAGGCGAAGGCUGGAGGAGAAGAGUGCAGUGUUCGGGUUUGUGAUAUUGUGUGAUUCUUUAGUAAAAAAAAGGUGCGACAAGAAGAGAAAAGUGUGCGAAAGCAGUGGAAGUGCACCGGAAGACGAGAGCACGAAACUAGGUCCCAUCGGCGCUAGGAACAGAAAAGAAAAAACAAGCAUUGACCAAAAAUGAGCAGCCUACUUUCGUGUGUGGUGUUCGGGUUGGUCCUGCUGGCCGUACCCGGAUUUGCCGGCACACGGCCACAGGAGGUGCGGAUCAACAAAUGUUGCCGGCUCGGGGAGUUUUACAACGUGGCUGAGCGGCAGUGUGUGGCGGGUGGUAUCGCCAAAUGGGUACCGCGCAUCUUCCUCCCAGCGAAGGGACAGCUGUACAAGGACGUGGGAUCGGCUCCACCGUUUAUGAAGUUUACCGAGCAACAGCAGCCGGACACAUGUCCACGGCCGACCGUGUAUGCGGUCGAUUUGGUAACGUUGAUGGGCAAUGGAUCGCUCUUUCUGAACCAAAAGCAUGUGUUGGUCCCGGUGCCGGACUAUUGCAUCGAUGAGAAGGUUGCGUUGGUAUGUCCGGAACGGCCGGCGGAUAUGUUCGGAGCGGGAACUGAUGAUGGUAAAGGUGGUCAGAUGGAUUCGUUGCAAGCGCCGGAAAAGACGAGCAUUGUGCUGAGAUGCUGCGGUUCCAACUUUGCCUACGACCGAGGUAAUCGAACGUGCUCGAAGUUACCCCGAGGGCAUGAGCUGUUUGACUCUCGCAUUGUAAACUCACCGUACGUGGAGUUGAGCUAUGGUUUUCCGGCCUGCAAGGAGCAUGCAAUUGCUGGACCAUUUGAGGAAUCAAGACUUCAGGAACAAACCGGAUCGGUAACGAUCGAUUCCGGGAAGAUUUUCGCAUCCGGAGAGUUCUGUCUGGAGCAUGUCCGGGAGGACGAUCGGACGGUGUACGUUUUCACCUGUUCCGAGCACUUCCAGCCGGCCUCGGUGCCCAUCGCUAAGCAGGACGGUCGUUUGGUACUGUACUCGGCCGGUUUGCUCAUCUCGACCAUCUUUCUCGCCGCUACACUGGCCACCGGUCUGCUCGUACCAUCGCAACAUCACGUGCUUCAUUGGCGCUGCCAAACGCACUACGUUGCCUGUCUGCUGGUGGGCGAUCUGCUGCUUGCCAUCACUCAACUAUCCGGCAACUCCAUCACCGGUCCGGCCUGCACGACAAUAGCAAUCAUGAUGCACUUCUUCUUCCUGGCUGCAUUCUUCUGGCUUAACACGAUGUGCUUCAAUAUCUGGUGGACUUUCCGUGAUCUACGGCCAACAUCGUUGGAGAAAAGCCAGGAAAUCUGUCGGCUUCGGAUCUACGAGGUGUACGCGUGGGGUGUCCCGCUGGUUAUUGCGGGCGUUGCGGCCAUUCUGGACAACCUGCCGGACAGCAGUGAUACCUACUUGAGGCCACGUUUUGGUGAAGCAAAAUGCUGGUUCUACGGUAACAUGGAAAUGCUGACCUACUUCUUCGGACCGAUCGGUAUACUGCUCGGCGUCAACCUGCUACUGUUCGCCUCAACCGCCCGUCAGCUGACCUGUGGCCUAUGGAAGCGGGACGAUGUCAAAUCAACGACGGAACGCCGCGGUUUGGUUUCUUCUCCCUCUUACAGUGCUGCGUUGGGGCGCGUCUGCCUCAAGCUGGUCGUCGUGAUGGGUGUCACCUGGGUGGCGGACGUCAUCUCCUGGGCCGUCGGUGGACCGAACUACAUCUGGAUCGUGACCGAUCUGAUCAACGCACUACAGGGCGUUUUCAUCUUCAUCGUCGUCGGCUGUCAACCGCAGGUCUGGGCCGCCAUGAAACGUCUGUGGAACUCAAAAACGGGACGAUCCUUCACAAACACGACGCACGGACCACAGCACUCCAGCUCGUCGCACGGAUUGCCUUCGAUGGGCGAAUCGAUCACGAACAACACCUGUACGAACAACACGACGACCACCACCUCGAACCGUGUACCAAUGGAAACGGUCUGUUGAACGCCGAAGGUGAGCCAAAACUUCACACUCAAGCGGUUGGAAUAAUGCGACCAACCCAAGAAAGCAGAUGAUGUUAGCCAACUAGGGACCCCCAAAAACACACCCACGUACGACGAAGAUGCCAAACGUGUCGAAUCGGAAACGACGACGACCAUACCGUGAUCGACGAAUCGUUCAUGGAUGGUCGGAAAAUGUGCUUUUUUAUCAGCGUUGGCUUAGCAAACUCGAUCAUCAAAUGUGUGAUCAUUAUCAUCGUUCGCGAUCAUUUUCCUGCCGAAGGUUUGUGAAGCACCAAACACCAAUUCGGUUAGACUGGAUGAGAGUAUUCGUAGGAGAGGAAAGUAAGAAGUAGUAAAGGGAAGAAGGAAGCAGUAUGUUGCCUUUAUAUAUCCCGGAAACAAAAGCGAUAACGUAGGAAACAACACAAACCCGAUCAGUCAAAAUUGUUUCCGUUCUACUUCCCUUGUUCUUCUUCUAGCGCUCUAUAGCUGUAGGGAGCAUACACAUAAACCUUUCCCUUCAUGAAACGUAUACACUAACGGAUAAUAAUUAAUAUUUAAUAAUAAAUUAAAUUUCUCACUCAUAUUUACCGUUCAUGCAAAUCUUGCUAAGCACGAUGAGGCACACCGGGCAAGGUGUUAGUUAAAAGAGGGAGGAGACGAGUGAAAAUAUGUUGGAACGCUUUUCCCAAAAAAUUUGGGGAAAAAUAAACGAAACAUCGUUUACCAUCGCAAUAACAAAAAUAUAUGAUUUUCUAUUUUUAAAUCAGUAUUUUGUUCACUCGUCCUCUCUACCUGACGACGCCUGGUACGGUGACGCCCUUCAUUAGACAAGAUGCGCUCUUAGUCUAGGGAAACAUUAACACUUGAUAGAGAGAUAAUACGAAUGUUGAUGGUUUUUCGAGGAAGAAAAGCAGAAACAUUAGCACGAUGAUGCCUAACCUAAUUGGUCGACUUUUCGUAAUAAGUAGAAUAGCAUUUGCCAAAACCAGAACAAAAUCCCAAAAAAUUUAGCAGACAAUUCAAGAUCAAGCGCCCGUUUAAUGCGUAAUGUAUAUUUUAUGUUAAAAAUGUUUUUACCUGGUGGUUGCAGCUCGUUGAUUUGCAUCCUCCCAAGUGGAUGGACGAAUAUCUUCGAGAUGAUACCCCUAUGACGAACCGACAAAACACCUAAGGAUGGUAUUUUUAAGUUUAAUUAUUAUUGUUGCAUUAAACAAACACUGCCUGCUGCUGGAAACUUCUUGUUUGUUCCUUUUAUUUUCCUGCAAUGGAAACACACAAAAAUUGGAAUCCAUGAAAGUAAUAGGAACGGAACAGAUGGACAUGGAAGAUUAUUUAGAGCUUUACUUACGUUGUAAGAUAUGUUCUGUUUCGUUAACGCUUUCGCAAAAAAGCUGCAACUGUGUAAUGAUAUGUUUAGUUUGGCUUGUAGAAUAUUAAUUACUUAACACACUUACCCUUUGCACGAAUGUAUUUAUGUAAAUAGUGUAUAAAACUUUGUUCGUAUGAGUUAGCUUUUAUGAUAUGUUUCUGCUAAUGGGAUUGAAGCGGUAAGAAAAAUUUUCUUGCUGGUAGAAGAAAUGCUUUUCCUUUCAUUUCCCGUUACGCUGAUCCUUGCUCUCAUGGAGAGUGAAAACAUUGUAUAACACCGUUUGAUAUCGUGUCCUUUUUAAUGCUAUAUACACGCACACUUAUAUGCAUAAUGAACGUGUUAACAAUAACAAUAAUUAAAAUUAUACAACUGAAUAUAGGAAGGGAAAACAAUAACGCAAAACGUACAUUUAGAGCAAUUCGAACGAGCAGAAAGUGGAACUCGGUUUUAUUCUUCUUUUAGAAGCGUUUACAAAAUUUUAUGCCAAAUGGGAAAUCGAUGCGAAGCGAAACAAAAAAAUCGGACCCGGUUUUAUUCUUUUUUGUACGAUGCGAUUUACAUAUGCUACCGAGCAGCAAAUUAAAGCGAAUAACAUACAUAACGUUAGGGGAUUUUGGUAGAUGAGGUACAACAAAUCGAAAGUAAAAGAGCCGCCCACCGGAUGCAAAAAAAAAAUAAUUACAUAAAUAUCAUACGAAGUCAUUACAAAAUAGCAGUUGCGCGUUUAAACACGCUUAAUCAUACGAUCAAUAGAAAUUUUCACAUCUCAUUGUAGCACUUUGCUCCCUGUACAAGGACACCUUAACGAUAGUGACGACAUAAAACGGUUCAUUCAGAAAUGUUCUUUUAAUGCAUUCAACUUACAUAAACACAUACGUAUCGUUGUACUCCUAGAUGCAGCUUUGGCUAGUAUUACAGUAGAAGUUUUGCAUAAACCGAGCAGUAUCAGCAUUGCGAAAAUAAAGAGAGAAAAACAAACAAAAACAGAAGCAGAAGCAGAAGCAAUGCAAAUCAAUUACACUUCUCUCCAAUUAAGCUAAAAACGUAGUUAAUCAAUUCACGAGAUAGAUGUGCUAAUCCAGAAGGGGCGAUAAAUUGCACCGACAACAGUGCCCGAUCUGUGUGCGAAAUGCAAGAUACGAAAAGCAACAUAAAGAGAGUAUCAGUAUUUUUUUUGCAUAUUUGCUUACUACACACACACACACACACACGUAUAAAAGGGAACAGUUUUCUCAUUUAGGUGAAAAAGAAGGACUUUUCGAUGUUUAAAUAAAUCGAUCCGAUGUAAAGUGUGACAGUUGCAGCAUUAGUUGCAUUCUCAUUUCCUCUUCCAAUUAUUUGGUAGAUUAUCUUCUCUUCUAUCUGGUUCACUACUUCAACUCUUCACGAUCUUUCUUGUUCUACUCUGAUUGUUUUAGUUUUCGAUGUUAAUAUUCUUUCUUGUUUUUUCUUUGCUACUUUCUUAAACUUUGGUUUUUGUUGUUCUAGCAAAUAGCUCCAGAAGAUUAGAUCAUCAACGUUAAAACACUUCUCUAACUCAUUGUUGUCACAAUAUCAUAAAACAUUAUUAUCAAAACGUUCACAUCUCGCCAACAAGUCGAUAGUAUAGAAAAUAUUAUAUGAACAAUAACAUUCGCUGUAAAUUUGAACAGUUUAAAUUGAAGAACAAAAAAAAACAUAUGCGCGCAUCGAAAGCACGCCAUGUUUUCUUUCAGAACAAUAUACAACAUUCGGGCCGAGAUUUGUAGGGAGGGAGCAAAAAUGUGUACGAGAGGGCGAGCUUAUACUGCAGUUGCGAUACAAACUUUAUUCGAUACAAGCGCAAUAUAAAGGUGAUACAACCUUAGCACUACUAUAAACAAACAUCUAUUAUCGAACGGCGGAACCGUGUAGUAUGGAGAAUAAAAAUCGAAUCAAACGAA